UUGAGCAAAUCUCACCUAUACGCUCCCAGGUGUUUUGGGUGAAUCACAACCUGAGCAGAAAUAACUUUUUGAAAUCCCCUCCCUUCCUCCCCGUCCUGUUUUAUAAAGAGAAUCCAAAUCCAGCCACAGUCCCCAGAGCAAAAAUCACUGCAGCAAGCAGGAGAGCAAGCAGGAGGGUGUGCCAGAGGGGAGAGGCAGGGCAGGAAGGGAGGAAGAUGCUGGGCUUGUCUCAGGCUGUGACCUGGGGGCAUCACCUUUCCCACUCUAUCCCCGCAGUGGCAGGGCUGCUGCAGGACGACAGCUCUGGGACACACAUAGGACAGAAUCCACCCAAACUUGUGGGAGUCCCAUCCUGCAGCCAAACCCAGCCAGCUGAGUUCUGGCAGUGGGGCUGGCUUUAGACCACUCCAGCACUGCUGGGUGUGUGUGGCCCAUGCCUGUGUCACAGGAGAGAAAUGUUCAGCUGCUGCAAGGCGGAGGCGGGUGCGGGGCCAGGCAACCUGCCCUCACUGUGCACACAGUUGCUACAACAACAGCUUGGCUUGGAGGCAGCUGCUGUGUCCUGAGGGAUUGAGCUCUGUGCUCCCAGCUUUGCCAGAAGAAUGCCUCCAAAGGGCAAAGGGAAGAGGCAAAAAGGAGCGAAGCAACACAAAAAGGGAAAUGUAACAGCAGAAAGCCAAGCUGCAGCCACAUCCAGGAGAGCAGCGCUGGAGGCCGACAGGCUGCGAGAGCACCCAGUUCACUGGAGGGAUGUGGCCUGGCAGACGAGGGCUGACACUGAAGGGCUCCGGCGGAGGCUGUGGGAGCUGGAGAAGGCACUGGAACAGGCACAGGAUGACAAGCGAGACAUGCACGAAGAAAUGACCCGGCAAUACCAGGAGCUGCAGAAGCAGACAGCAGCACACAGCCAGUGCCUGGAGGCAAAAGUGAAAAGCCUGCAGGAACAGCUGGCCACCAGGCUGCAGGAAAGCCAGCACACUCAGCAGGCUGCCACCAAAGCACUUGCAGAGAGGGACAGGACCAUCACCCAGCUGCAGGGCAGAAUGGACAUCAUGCAGAGGGAGUAUGAGAAGAUCUUCCACGAUAGCCUGGACCUUGUGCUGGCCAAGAUGGCAGAGGCCAGGCAGCACUGGGAGGAGGAGGGCACAACCAUCCGCCUGGAGCACAAGCAGCACCUGCAGGAGUUCGGCCUCAACCCCCUGGAGAUAUAG